GAACAAUCACUGUUCCCUUGUCCCCUGCGGAGAGAGUCGCCCUUCUCCUCUCGUACCGCGCCAAAGCCCACCUUUCUCCGUAGCGCCCGCCCAAAUCUGACCCGCUCUCCCUUCGGCCGCGCGGGAAAAAGCGUGAAGCUAACCCAACCCCAUCUCCCGCUCUCCAGUACUACCAUUCGCAGCUCCAAACCCAAGCCGAAACCCUAGCUCCGAUUUCCCAUUUGAUCUCGUCGCUCUCGCUCUUUCCGAUGGGCGGAUCUGCUGAGGCGGAUCCUUCGCCCACGCCGUCCCCCUCCCCGGCGAAGCCGUCGCCUUCGCCUCCGUCGUCGGACGCGAAGCGGCUGAGGCGCUGUGUGCAGUCCAGGCUCUCGUUUGGGUCGGGCAAGUCAGGGGGCGGUGCCGGAGGAGGAGGGGUUGCUCUCCCUGCACCCGCCGCCACCUCGGCUGCUGGUAAGGAGACUGUGAAGGAGCCGGAGAAGGGUAAGAGGAGGGGAAGGCCGCGGAAGUCAGAGGCGGGCAGGAAGCAAUCUUCAAACAAAGAGACCGCGGGGUUGGAUCCAGGUAGCAAGGAUGAAGUUAUUUUAAUCGAUGAGAGCCCUCAGAAAAAGCAACGGAAAGGUAGAAAUCAAGAUGCAGCACGGAAGUUGCCUAACAGAAAGUGCUGCAAGGUAUUGAAACCUACUGAUGGUCAUGAAAUCUGUCAGCAACUGCAUAGCUGUCAGACUGAAGCUGUCUUACCUGAAGCAUCACCUGUAUCAGUUGAUAUAGAUUUGAUCAGUGUGCCUUCUGAAGCAAGACAAGCUAUUGGCAGCAAUGUAUUAGACAAUGAAGAUAAGUCGCAGGUGAUAGUUGACCUAAGGUCAGAGGCGAAGAUAGCUGCACAGGAAAUUCGGAUGUUAUCAUCUGGAAAGAAAAUACAUCCAUUUUUUGCUUCUCGGAAAGUAAACAAAGAUGCUGACCAGGAUGUUUCCAAUAUCGAGGAUACUGACUCCCUUUGUGCUAUUGAGAGGGACCCGCUAUUCUGGCCUGUUCAUGUGGUGUACCAAUUGGAGGCUAGUAUGCCAAUUCACUGGCAUAAAUGUCUAAUUACGGAGGAAUCUUUUCUUGACACUAGUGCUGCUGAUACACUUCAAAACUCUGUGUCAUUCUGUGAGGGCUUUGUGAAACCUUUGACAAUAGAGUCUAAUUGCAAGAGGAUCCAUCCAUACAAGUUGGUCGAGCAGAAUGUUGCAGAUAAUACAGCUUCAAGAAUGGAUUUGCCCAGCUUUUCUAACGUUCAAAGUGAAAGCAAGCUUUCUUCUUUGAAUAUCCAUUUUGACGACGAAAGCUUGUUGGCAUACGAUGCCAGUCACCAUUUUGGCAAACACCCGGAAAGGAUACUGCAAGGAUGUUCAGAAGUCCUCCAGAAAUGCUGUCAGCCGGCUUAUGACCUGUGGACUGACAAGUACCGGCCUGAAACUGCUGUGCAGGUUUGUGGAAAUAUGGAGCAUGUAAAGUUUCUCAGUGAAUGGCUCAAAGGGUGGGAUGAAAAGGGCCACAAGAACAAACAAAAUGGAGUUACUAAUGGGAGCAUCAAUGAUGGCUAUUGUCAAGAUGAAUCUGACACAGAUUGUUCAGAAGAGGCUUCUGAUUUUGAAAAUGUGCUUUUAAUUACUGGACCAGUUGGGUGUGGAAAAUCAGCCGCAGUUUUUGCAUGUGCAAGAGAACAAGGGUUCAAUGUAAUUGAGGUAAAUACAUCCGAUACAAGAAAUGGAGCAUAUGUAAAGCAAAAGUUUGAGGAAGCAACUAAAUCGCACGGGCUUGAAAAAUGGUCACAAGAGGAGGUCACCACUCCACCGAGAAACGAUUCUUUAGAUCCCACUUCUGGGAUACCUGAUAGAACUGAAUAUAAUCAGUCAAUUUCUUGCUCUGUAAAAUGCUACUCGAGUUCUAAGUCGAGUGAUGAAGCCCCCAAACAAGUCAUGAACAAGACACUCAUCCUAUUUGAGGAUGUGGAUACUGUUUUUGAUGAGGACCGCGGAUUUAUUUCAACCAUACUUAAGAUCGCAGAGACUACAAAAUGGCCAAUUAUAUUGACUAGCAACAAGAAGGAUCCAUCUUUGCCUCAUCUCUUGGAUCAGCUAGUUUUGGAUUUCAAAUACCCAUCAUCUGGGGAGCUACUUUCACAUGUUGGCAUGAUCUGUAAAUCUGAGGGGGUGAACGUCACUGCUUCUCAAUUGAAGUAUAUUAUCAACGCUUGUUUAGGAGAUAUUAGGAGGACAACAUUGCUUUUGCAGUUUUGGUAUCAAGGCAAACAUCAAUACACAGAGAGGUCAAACAAAUGCUUGUCUGGUCCUUUCUCGCUUGACUUGGAUGCAAUACAUUCUACUGUGCCAAGAAUGUUGCCUUGGGACUUUCCCUGUAAAUUAUCAGAGACAGUGUGCAUGGAGAUAGAAAAAAACAUCCUUUUAGCUGAUGAAAAGAAAAGGCAGUUGGAAGCAUCAGAGUUUGAGGCCCUAGAGUUACAAAUAAUAGCACCUUUAACCAGGGGAAGAAGUGCAGUUAAAACAAGAAAGAUAAAGAAAUCCAAGUUAGGGCAUGGUCAUUCUACUGAAUGUAAUGAUAUUUCACCUUGUAAGAAUGACCUUGAUGAUUUUGAUGAUGCUCCAGAUACCUCUCGUCCGUCUGAUCAGGAAAGAGUGAGAAAUAAGCAUGGUGUAGUGCUAUUAUCUGAGUCUGAUGAUGAUCAAGCUGAUGGGUAUACUGCCAAAGAUGCCAGAUUUACUGUUCCUGAAGGUGGUUUGCUCCCACAAUCUUCAGAAGUGCCCCAUAUAUAUGGGCAAGGAAUCUCGAAUCAGUUUUGUUUUCCGAGCGAAUCAAGGGAGACUUUUGAAAUAGCUAAUUCUCUCCAAAACCAGUUUGAAAGCAACAUGGCUGGGUCCAUUUCUCAAAUAUGUGAUACUUUUAUGUCACAGGGUGUGUCAUGUGUGCCUGAAUCAUCCCUCAUGAUUGAGGGUGUAUCUGCAUCUGUCAGCAGCGAUGAUCUUUUAUCAAGUAUGGUGUCCAAUGGUCUGUCUACCUUCCAUAACGACGGUAUUGGCAUUACGCCUAUAAAGGCACUAGAAGACACUGACAAUGCGAAGGAUCUAAUUGCUGAAUCUCAAAAAUGCGUGGAAGAUGUGGUUGGUGAGACAUGUGAGGCUUAUGCGGAAUCAUUUGGCAGGAAUGAACAAACAAGUUGUUCAACUGCAGGGUAUCAGCUGAUGGAUGAAUGUAGUCAAGCUGAAAGCAUUUGGUUGCUUUCUGGCAAAAAAACUAAUGACUGCUGUAAUGUUGAGUGCGUACAGGAUACUUGGAAUAGGCUACGACGUUGCUGUCCUGUACUUCCUCGUGAGACUAACCACAACAGAGCAGUUUCUGGAGCUUUGAAACUUGCUUCCAGCGUGUCUGAUUUAAUAUCGGAGUCAGAUCUUAUGCUCACCGGCUGCUACCCUCUUACUAAUGACUUAUUGGAUCCAUCUUCAACUCCAUGUGCUGAGCCAGAUGGCUUCUCCUGGUAUGACAAGCAGCUUGAGAUGGGAUCUGUCUAUACCCAGCACGCGCUUUGCGUUUUCUCUAGGGACUCGCAAGACACAGAUGAUGGUUUCAUUGAUUUGUCACAAGAGUUGUUGCUUGCCGGUACAACUGCCACAUCUCUUGGUAAGCUUGUUAGUUCAGGAAUCAGCACCAGUGAUGGAUAUGGGAACAUUUCCCACAUGAAAAAUCCAACAAGCUGUAUUUCUAAGGGGAGGGACCAACUGGUUCAUCUUUCUGAAGUUCUGCUUCCAGUAGUUCCUUCCAAGCUAUCUCAGUCACUGAGAGGACCUGCUUUUGUUGAUUAUUUGUCUUCGAUGUGUCAGAUUUCACAGCUAGAAAACUUGCGACUUUCUGAAAAUCAAACCGUAAACAAGCAAAGAAGGUGUCGUCAGUCAAGACAUUACUUGAGUUCUGGCGCACUUUCGCUGUCACCUGAAGACGUGGAAUUACUAGCACAAAGCGGCUGUUUCGGUGAAAGACACGAGAAGCUUAUAGAAAAAGCGAUUGCCUAGGAGUAUAUAGACAAGUUAAUAAUCUGGUUCGGAUAGAAGCGGCAGUGGGUUUAGAGAGGCGGAGAUGACCCAUUUUUACAUUCACAAUUCAUGAUCCGUAGCCCGUUGGUGGCUCUGAUUCGAAUUGGGCAGAGCUGGUAUAUUCAGUGUAUUCCUGUGUAAUGUAGGUGCAUGUUGUCAUCCUAAUCUAUAGUAUCAUGUUAGCUGAUAAUUCUAAGUUUCUACCCAACUUAGAGCAGCUUGUCCAUAUGCCUGUGUAUAUGCGAUAUAGACGAUAUCAGGUAAAAAAGCCUCUCCACCAGCUCGUCCAUGUGCUCGUCUAAAAGGAGACAUCGUCCAAACGAAGCUACACGACGUCCACAAAUCGACUAUGGAGCGACGACGUCCAAAUCGCCAGCACUCGCUCCCGCCACCAUCGCGAAACUUCCCGCCCCAACCGUCCAGCGGAGGUCACCCGCACUGCCGAGGAGAGGUCGCCGUCGACUCGCUUCCGCCGUCCGUCGCGAGGUAAAUUUUUUCCUCCAUUCGUUGUUGUCUGACGAGGGGACGGGAGGGGCGUCGCUGGAUCCGCCGCCGUGAGACGAGGGGAGGGACGCCGCUGGAUCCGCCGCCUCGCCACCGUCGGAGAAGGGAGGGGCGCCGCUGGAUCUGUGCAUCCGAGGGGCGUUGUCGCUGGAUUCGGCGCCGUCCCUGGAUUUGCCGCCCCGCCUCGCUGGAUUCGCCGCCGAUGGGGGAGAUGGAGGGGAGGGGCGUUGCUGGCUGCUGCUGCUGUACGUGGGGAGGAAGAAGGGGGGUGCCGCCAUUGGGGAGAAGGAGGGGCGCUGCUGGCUGCUGGCUGCUGUUCGUGGGGAGGAAGAUGGAGAGGAGGGGUGCUGCUCUGGCUGCUGUUUGUGGGAGGAAGAUGGAGAGGAGGGGCACUGCUAGGUGCUGCUGUAUCAUUAGAAAGUGAUGGUUGCAAAUUAUCAUUAGAAACCGUGUGGUCACAGAAGUUAGAGAAAGAUGAGAUCAAAGAGGCAACGAAGACUGCUCGCUACGCAAGAGCAUUUGAAUUGCAAGAGAGGCAAAUUGCAUUGCAAGAGGGGGAGGAGGCACGAAAACGACUUGAAUUGGAAGAUAAAAUCAUGUCCAUGGACACUAGUGCUAUGAGUGCUGUACAAGAACAAUUCUACGAGGACAAGCAGGAGGAGAUCAUUGCUCGACACUACAACCCAGCAGGUUAACUUUGUUGUCAAUUAGUACAUUUGUUAAGUGAACCUUUAGUCCUGUGUACUGAACCAUUUGAUAUUUGAACCAUGUGCCUUCUGAACCAUUUGAUGUUUGAA